CAAAAACAACACAGCCGAGAACCACCGAAAAUUCCCCUCCAUCGGCUCUCUUCUGCUUCAGAACCAAAGAACCCCAACUCGUCGGAAUCCCCGAUUCCAAGACCAAACCGCCACACCACCUUCCCCUAUUAAACUCCAAUUUCGCAAUUAAAAAUCUUCUAUUUCUAGUUCUACAGCUUUCGAAUCCUUUAACUCAUAGAAGCUCAGAUUGUUGAACUAAUUUUGACCACUAAUGAGUUGGAUUGGGGAGCUCAGCAAUGAGCUCGUUCGUUGAGGUCGCCGUUCGUUCAACCCUAUUCAAAUCGAUUGGAAGCAAUGAACUAUUAUGUUUGAAUUCUAGUUGUCGUUCGUUCAAUUUGGUUGCCGCUACUGCUGUUCGUUUCUUUUGGAUUAUUUUGAGUUUAUGUUUAUUUCUUUUUUGCUGCAAAAAAUUACGGAGUUCGACUGAGGUUAAGCUGAGUUCGAGUUCGUCGACGAGUUUCAGUCCGUUGGCCUUGGUCGAGUUUUCUUAUUCCCGAUUCAGUUUGGAUUCAAUCCAAUUUCUCAGAAGAAAAUUACCAUUAAAGGUAUGGACCCGCUGAUUCGAUCCAAAGUGCUGAUGGUAGUAAAGAUUCCUAGGAAGUUGAUCAAGUGGUGGAAAAUGUUUUCAUCGUUAGAGCAGCAUGAGUUAAUGCAGAAAUUGGGCACCCUAACUUCCCUUCUUGAUAUCACACCCCGCCCAGACUUAGUGGAGGUGAUGCUGACUUAUUGGGAUCCACAAAAUUUGAUUUUCAGAUUUGGAGAGUGUGAGAUGACUCCUACCUUGGCGGAAAUGUCUGGUCUCACUCGUUUAAGCUAUAUAGGCAAGGACAUGAUACUUCCCCGAGACCACUCUAGGACAAGAUUCCUCAGCGACCUGGGCCUGAAAGAUAAUAAGCAUUUAAAAUGUCUCGAGCAGUCCUGGAUAUCCUUGGAUUAUUUGUUUGCUAGAUUUGGACCACAUGAUAGUUUUGACGUCUUUUGGGAUGAGUUCUGCACAACCAAGGCAAAGUGGCAAAGACGUCGCCUCGAAGCUUUCAGCCUUGCUUUGUUGGGAUUAUUGAUUUUUCCAUUAGAUGAUAGGCACAUUAGCACCCGUCUACAUUCAGUGGUAAUGGCACUAUUUCAUGAGAAGCAAUGCAAAACCGUUGUGCCGAUGAUCUUAGCAGAGUUGUACCGAGCCCUGAGCGAGGUUAGGGGAGGUGUCAGAUAUUUUGAGGGAAGUAACCUUUUGCUACAGCUGUGGAUGAUGGAGCAUUUGCACACCGCUUCCUUACUUUGUCCCAUCGACCGUGCCUUGAGGGAUCGGGUGGUAUGCAUCGAACGUAGGAUGAAAUAUCCUAAGUUUAUGUACCCAGUAGGCGUCACGGCUUGGAUUGAGUCCCUUGGUUUGAGGACAAAUGGGAAUGUUUUAUGGGCUUACCUUUGGCUACCUUUGGAUGAUAUCUUGGUAGGGUGCCUCAUGCAGCCUUUCCUGAUGCUGAUAGGACUCAAGUGUGUCAGGUCGUACACUCCCAUUAGGGUAAUGCGACAAUUGGGCAGAAGACAAGAGGAGCCUCCAACUUUGAAUCUUCGGAGGCACAUCAUAAAUUUUAGCAAAAAGGCGGCUGAUGAAAUCAGGUAUGUGCAAUACUGGAACAAUGCAAAGAGGAUGAAGAAAAAUACAUUAGUAAAGGACGUUGGCAGGCCCGAGUGUACUCAGGAGUACUUGAUUUGGUUACAGUCCAUCCCGCCAGGAGUCAGCACCCCAUUGCCAGCACAACUUAGGGGUCGGGCAGUUUAGACAGGUGAUUUUGAGGAGGCAUCGGACCAAGAUCCCUGGGAUAAGCUUGAGUUGAUAAAGUCUCAGUUAGCGGGAUUGGCAGCAAAUGUGGAGCAGCAUGGCCAGUAUUUGUUUAGGGUCGGCCUUCAGGAUGCGGGGGCAUACGCCAGGGCCUUUAUUCCUAGCAUCGGUGUUUCUUUACGAGGCAUGUUACAGAGUUUGAGCAUGAUGGACAGCCCAGGACCAUCCCGGUCAGGACAGUCGCAUUCAGGAGCAGCUUGACAUUCUAUUUAGGUGUUUUGAGAUUGUCUUAUGUUGUCUUUUACUUUCGUGUCUUGUCUAGAAGUACCGAGUCCUUUAGGUAGUGUCAGAGUCUGUCGUAGUGUAGUUGAGUCUGUCAUGUCUUUCAUUAUCGUAUUUCCCUUUGUAUUUUAAUAUCGAAAAGUUUUAAAUGAAAAAUCCCAAAAAUAUUUUAUUUUCA